AUCAGCCAUUGCUUUAGCAAUAGCCUUAUCAAAACACUCUUCACUGCUGGUCAAAACACUCUUCACUGCCGAUCAAAACACUCUUCACUGCUGAUGGUGCCACGUGGCUGCCUUGAGACGGAGCUCCCAAGGAUUGUCGCCGGACGACAGAAAAACCACCGUCUUGAAGGAGCAUCUUGAAGGAGCCAGCGUCUUGGAGGAGCGUCUUGAAGAAGCGUCUUGAAGGAACGCUCCUUUCGACCUCCAUGGCCUCCUUCGUGGUGAAGUCGAUGGUGGGGGGCCCGCUGAAGAGCCUCGCUGGGGGGCUCACGGGCGGGGGGGAGGGGGGCGGGGACAAGGGGGGGGGCGACGCGGGUGGGGGGGGCGGGGGGAUGACGCGGGAUGAGUACGAGGAGUACCGGAAGCAGCUGCUGGAGGAGAAGAUGGAACGUGACGCGCACUUCACGCAGAAGAAGGCCGAGCGAGCCACGGUGCGGACCCACUUCAGGGAGAAGUACCACCUGCCCAAGAGCGAACAGGACGCUGCCAAAGUGCAGCUCGCGGGGGGGGCAGUGGAACUCCCCCCGGAUCUCGCCAAGAUGGUUCGGUCCGAGCAGCAGCAGCAGCAGGAGCAGCAGCAGCUGCAGGUAGAGGAGGCGUCGCUGCUAAACUCGCUGCCUAUCCUGGGCGUGGAGUCUCUCCGAGAGAAGGCCCAGGAAACCCUCCACGGGGUGCGACAGGCGGCCGAGCAAAAGUGCAGCGUCAUGUGA